CAAAUUGUUGAAGAAAACCACACAUCACAUAAUGUCAACAACAAAAACAACAACAGCUUCUGAAUCCCCGAUGGACGCUGCACGCAACCGUUUGGCCACCCUCACUGCUCACUUACUUCCCUCCACCUCCGCCUCCGCCUCCACCGCCACCGCACUCCUCCACCCUCUCUGCCUCUCUGCUUCCUCCGGGAUCUCGCUUCCGCCGAACCUCAAGGGCACCCUCACCGUCGUCGACGAGAGGACCGGGAAGAAGUACCAGGUUGAAGUCUCUCCUGAAGGCACGGUCAAAGCCAAUGACUUCAAGAAGAUAUCAACUGGGAAGAAUGACAAGGGACUCAAAUUUUAUGACCCUGGCUAUUUAAACACUGCUCCUGUCCGAUCAACAAUUUCGUAUAUUGAUGGUGAUGAGGGAAUCCUUAGAUAUAGAGGAUACCCGAUUGAGGAGUUGGCUGAGAAAAGCAACUUUAUGGAAGUGUCGUAUCUCAUAAUGUAUGGAAAUUUGCCUUCUCAAAGUCAGUUAGCAGAUUGGGAGUUCGCCAUAUCUCAGCAUUCAGCUGUACCACAAGGUGUUUUGGAUAUCAUACAAUCAAUGCCUCAUGAUGCACAUCCUAUGGGCGUGCUUGUUAAUGCCUUAAGUGCUUUAUCUGUUUUUCACCCUGAUGCAAAUCCUGCUCUCAGAGGUCUUGAUAUCUACAACUCAAAGGAAGUGAGAGACAAACAAAUUGCACGGAUUAUUGGAAAGAUAACAACAAUUGCUGCUGCAAUUAAUCUCAGAAUGGCAGGAAGGCCACCCAUGCUUCCGUCCAACAAACUUUCUUACACGGAGAACUUCCUAUACAUGCUUGAUUCUUUUGGCAAUCGGUCAUAUAAACCUAAUCCCCGGCUAACUCGUGCACUGGACAUUAUCUUCAUCCUGCAUGCAGAACAUGAAAUGAAUUGCUCUACAUCCGCUGUACGUCACCUUGCAUCAAGUGGUGUUGAUGUAUACACUGCCAUUGCUGGGGGUGUUGGAGCUCUAUAUGGACCUCUUCAUGGAGGAGCUAAUGAGGCUGUCCUCAAAAUGCUGAGUGAAAUAGGAACUGUUGAGAACGUUCCAGAAUUCAUUGAGGGUGUUAAAUCCAGGAAACGAAAGCUCAGUGGUUUUGGACAUCGUGUGUACAAAAACUAUGAUCCCAGAGCAAAGGUCUUAAAAAGACUGACGGAGGAAGUGUUUACCAUUGUUGGCCGUGAUCCUCUUAUAGAGGUUGCAGUUGCCUUGGAGAAGGUUGCACUGUCUGAUGAGUUUUUCAUCAAGAGAAAGCUAUAUCCAAAUGUUGACUUCUACUCUGGUUUAAUUUAUAGGGCAAUGGGUUUUCCGCCAGAAUAUUUCACUAUUUUAUUUGCUAUCCCUCGAAUGGCUGGGUACUUGGCACAUUGGCGAGAGUCCUUGGAUGAUCCUGAUACAAAGAUCAUGAGACCUCAACAGGUUUAUGUUGGAGAAUGGUUGAGGCAUUAUACACCAAUCAAAGAAAGGACUGUAUCAAAUAACAUUGACAAGCUUGGUCAGUUGGCUGUAUCAAAUGCCUCAAAGAGGCGCCUUGCUGGAUCUGCGGUAUAGAUUUAGGAAAUUGCCAAGAGGUCAGACAAGGGGUUUCCUUCAGGAGCAUGUCACUGCAUAAAUAAUGGAUGCUGAUGUCGUCACCUGCCAACAGAAUGUUGUCAGUGGAAUUUGAUGUUCCAUGCU